AGUCCGUCGUUGUGGCCCACUGGCUCGGGAGAAACGGCGCGAGCCACCGCUCUGGAAGCCGCCACGAUGUGAGGUUCGAUGCCAAAAACCGUAGGAGCAAUAAGAGCGACUGCCGCUGAGUCUUAACGUAGGCAACGCAGACAACGACAUGCUGAAGCUUCUCCCGAAUAGUAUGAGGGACCGAGUGGAGGAGCUGAACGUCUACACCUCUUCAGGAGCUGUGUAUGUGCCAAACCGCACACCAGAGAGCGACGGUCAGCGCGGGACCUUUCUCAGUUCACUUUUGACGUUUCCAAACAUAACGAAGUUGUCAAUUUUGUGCCGGGAAGGGUGUGAAACCUCUCGUGAUGUAGCUGACGUGAAUCGCGCGCUACGUGUUGCGGCUCAGAUGACGAUCAGCGAGAUACAAGUUACAGGUUUUAAGCAACUGAGCGACUUCUCCGCGCUGGAGGGAUCGCAGCACCUUCGACACCUGAAAGCCACCCGUUGUGGAAUACGGUCGGUGGCAGAGUUGGUGAGCUGUCCGAUGCUCACCGAUCUCGACGUCUCCAACAAUCGACAUCUGCAGAGUGUUUCCGAUCUCGCAGGCGCACCUCGUCUCACAAUUCUCGUCGCAAAGAAUUGCAAUUUACAAAACCUAGAUGGUCUUGACAGCUUUCCCAACCUCCUCAAACUUGACGUGUCAGGCAACGACUCUGUAGAAAGUCUUCACGGCCUUGCUGGCGCGGAGAGUCUCGAGGAACUUGCAGUCAACCACUGCAAGCGACUGUGCAAUGUUGACGGUCUCAACAGCUGCCAACAACUCGGCGAGGUCGACGUCUCCUACAACGAGAUCUUGGAAGACGUGAGCGGCCUUGCUGGUGCACCAUCCCUUCGGAUUCUCAAUGCGAAGGGGUGUCGGCUGCGCAAUGUCGCUGGGCUCAACGGGUGCCCACUACUCAGCGAGAUCUAUAUCUCCGACAAUGUCUCUUUGGAAGACCUGAGCGGCCUUGGUGGGGGGCACCUUCCCUUCGCGUUAUCAAAGCGAGCGAGUGUGUGA